UUGCGUUCUUCGAGAUCAUGAACGCGCCACGUAUAUAACCGAUGCUCGGUUGAUCGGUUCCCUCAAUCGUGAUUUAAGCCUCGACGCGAAAGGAAACGGUGUUGGAAGCCUAAGAGCUGCGCGCAAUAAGAUGACAUCCGCCGUGUGGACCCUGCUACUGAUUCUCUGCUUGGUCGCGUCGUUCGACGUAGACGCCGCAACGAAAUCGCCGAAAGAUCUCUCAGAUUCGAGGGAAUCGAGCUCGGAGAGCGAGAAGGCAGGGCUUCCAUCCAGACUUCCGAGAAGGUUCCGGCAAAACAGCCGCACCAGGAGAGUGCACAUAGAGAAUCAAACCGGGUUCGAUGGGAAGGUGGAGAAGAUUCAUAUAAACUCCGAGGAAGACCUUCCAGGAGUUCGAGCGUACGGAAUGCCUAAAAAGAGUUUGAUGAGCAACGACGACAUCGACCGGAUGCUGGGAAAGGAAGUCGAAGGGAAACUCGAAGUCGGUUCGAGACCCUUGCGCGCGAUCGAGGCCUACGGAAAGUCCAAAGAGCGCCUGGAGAACAACGGUGAAAUAGAAAGAGUGCAAUCGCCAGUGUCCAUGGGGCAUCAGGUACCAAGGGACGCAGGGGCGAGGGUGUCCAGGUCCGUCGAGGAGGAACCGAAUGAAAAGAUCAAAGGAGACUCUAAAGGUGACCUGGAUGACCUCGAGGCUCAGGACGCGAAGGUCUUCAGGCCGUUGUUCGUCUACAGGCAACAGGUGGCGAGGAGACAACAUCGUCACAACAAUCAACCGUACGGCUAUCGUGCGAAUCAGAUACCUCGCUACGGCCGGCGAACAGUUUACUGACGUCCUUUCACCCGAUGACGCGCUCAACGCUUAAUCGACCAAACGAGGAACGAGAGUCGAGAUUUUGUUUGAGUUCGCGACGAACGUCCCUGAGCGGGUCGAUUACCAUAAUAAUGAUUAACCACCGAUUGUGUCACCGUCACUUUGUGCCAUAGAAGAAAGCCACUCUCACUUAUUGACACUUCCAUUCGUUGUGUCAAUAAGUGAUUUAUGCGAUUGGAAGUGUCGAUAGAGCACUAGUCAGGCCUUGGUCGAACUUGAAGGAAAGUGACGUAAAUUUCGUGUUGCAGAAGCUUCUUUUUAACGAAGAUUUGAUAGUUUCCUCGUUAUUAUUCGAUGUACGGUUUCAAGUUACGACGAUAUUUACAGUCAGUGUCAUAAAUGUUCGUACCCUUUAUGUCUAUUAAAGAAAUUUGUUUAAACUGAAUGGUAGGUUUGAUGUUAAGCAUAUAUAUAAGCAUAUUCAUAUACAUAUACAGGGUGUCCCAAAAAUGUUGGAGGUCCUUGAAAGGGGUGGUUCGGGAGGUGAUUUGAAACAACUUUUUCCUUUGCAAAAAUGUCGGAUGGGGCUUCGUUAAGGAGAUAUUAAGAGAAAACCCCGACCAAUCAGAGCGCGAGUAUGCCGGUUGAGCGUAGGCUACGCGCUAGGCGGCCGCGCUCAUUCGCUACCGCGGCCGCUCCAACGACAUACGCGCGCUCUGAUUGGUCGGGGUUUUCUCUUAAUAUCUCCUUAACGAAGCCCCAUCCGACAUUUUUGCAAAGGAAAUUGUUGUUCAGAAUCGUCUCAGCUACCCCCCAUUUCCGACUCCUCCCCGACUUUUGGGACACCCUGUAUAUCAAUAUGUAUAAUGAUAAAUUCAUUUGGUAAUAUCAAAACUAUUAUUUAAUUUAGUCAAUCUUCUUCAAUAGACACAGAGGAUACGAAUAUUUAUGGGAUCGGUCGGAGGGUUGAAAACGUUCGAGUCGCAGGGGUCUGAGGCCUACGCGCGAGAAGAUGGAUGGAACAUUGCCACAGGACGUCUCACACGUGGUCACGCGAUACCAAAAAGUAUUACAAUAAGAUUGCUUCUUAGAUGCUCGAGUCCCAGACUCGUGUAGCUAGAUGCCGACUAGUACUUAACGAGGAUCGUAGAAUAGCCAAUGUUUUAUGUAUGCGCAUAAUAAACGAUAAUUUUGCAUAAGA